AUGGACGGCGGCGAUGCUCCGGUUACCUGCGGGACGUGGAUUCGGCGCCCCGACAAUAAGCAUUUAGCGGUGAUCGGAAAAUCCGGACCUUCUUCCCUCGAGAUUUUUUCGUUCGAUCCCAACACCGUGUCGCUCUCCGCUUCUCCCAAGGCCAAGUAUGAAUUCGAAGAAGGGAUCGGUCCGGUAAUUAUUGCGGUACAUCCCAGUGGAGAUGAAUUGGUUUGUUCCACCAGCACUGGUGAUUGCAAAUUGUUCGAGUUGGAUAGUAGGGAGGGCAAGAUAAAUCUAACAGCAAAGGAGCAGCUUCUGCUGCAGGGAAUUGGCCUGCAAAAAUGCUUGGCUUUUAGUGUUGAUGGAACUAGAUUUGCUACUGGUGGAGUUGAUGGGUGUCUUAGAAUAUUUGAGUGGCCAAGCAUGCGCAUAAUUUUGGAAGAACCAAGAGCUCACAAAUCAUUUCUGGACAUGGAUUUUAGCUUAGAUUCAGAAUUUCUAGCUUCUACAUCUGUCGAUGGGUCAGCUAGAAUAUGGAAUACAAGUGAUGGGGGUCCAAUUACUACCUUGGCACGGAACCCUGAUGAGAAGAUUGAACAUUGCCGGUUUUCUAAAGAUGGGACGAGACCGUUUUUAUUUUGCACUGUUCAAAGAGGAAAUAAACCACUGACUGUUGUUUGGGAUAUAAGUGAAUGGAAAAAAAUUGGGCACAAGAGGUUGCUUAAUAAGCCAGCUUCAAUAAUGUCUGUUAGUUUGGAUGGAAAAUAUCUUGCUCUGGGAAGCAAAGAUGGAGAUAUAUGUGUUGUGGAAGUUAAAAAGAUGGAAGUUCGCCACUUGAGUAAGAGGCUACACCUGGGUUCUGAUAUUGCGUCAUUGGAGUUGUGUCCUAGUGAAAGGGUGAUACUUACUACUUCUAAAGAAUGGGGUGUAAUGGUGACAAAAUUGAGUGUCCCGGUUGAUUGGAAAGAAUGGCAGAUCUAUUUACUUCUCUUGGGGCUGUUUUUUGCAUCGCUCGUUGCUUUCUACAUCUUCUUCGAGAAUUCUGAUUCUUUCUGGAACUUUCCGAAGGAUCAAGAAACAAGAUCCAACAUUGGAACUGUAUUGGGAGAACCACAAUCUGACCAAAAUAAUAUGUGGGAGCCUUUGGACCUCUAG